AGACAAGAAAAAAAAAAAAGAGCCAACCAAUGAGAGCUGUCCCCUUGCUCCCACAGUUGGAAGAUAACAGCAAAUGACGUGUGUCACUCAUCAACUUUGUCCCUACUCUUUACAUAAACACAUGUUACUCAUACCCCGUUGGCUGGGCUUUGUCCUGCCUGAGUAGGAGGAUCGCAUAUUGUCCUAGCACUAUAGCAGAGCAGGUAGACGCACAGGAAGAGGGGAAACAUGGUUUUUAUGACUCUGCUCUGUCUGCUUUUACUGCGGCCUGGCUUCAGCGCUCUAAUGAGAUCUCCAUUGGACGAGCUAUCCCGUCACUCCUCCAGUCAAAGAGACAUAGUUUCCUCUCCUGAUUCUUCUCCUGAUGCCUCUGGUAUGUGUUCCUAUGGCAGCAUGAAGACAUCAAUCACAAAGAGUGGGCGGCUGCGUCGGUCAGCACUGAUGCCUGAUAUAACCCACCUGGAACUGCUGGUGGUGGUAGGGCCUGAUGUCCAGCAGGUCCACAAGCAGGAUACAGAAAGAUACAUCCUCACCAAUCUCAAUAUUGCCUCAGAGCUGCUGAGAGACAUGACCCUGGGCGCCAACAUGCGGGUGCACCUGGUCCGCACAAUCAUCCUGUCGGAGCCAGAGCCAGAGAUACAAAUGUCUACCAACAUCACCUCAUCUCUUAGAAGUGUGUGCGACUGGGGCAGAAGGAUAAACCCCCCCAACGACUCAGACCCGCUACAUGCUGAUCUUUUGUUGUACGUUACGAGGUAUGACCUGGUGUUGCCCGAUGGGAACAAGCAGGUCAGGGGAGUAGCGCAGCUGGGUGGGGCUUGCUCCAGUGAGUGGAGCUGUGUGAUCACAGAGGACACAGGCUUUGACCUGGGGAUCACAAUUGCUCAUGAAAUUGGCCACAGUUUCGGAAUCAACCAUGAUGGAGUGGGAAACACCUGCGGCAGGAGUGGGUUCAUGAUGGCUUCUGAUGGAGGCUACAACAGUGUGGAUCUGACCUGGUCCCCCUGCAGCAGACAGCAGCUGCUCACAUUCUUCAGUGAAGGGAAGGCUGGAUGUGUGAACGACCUGCCUGCAAUGGCAGGCUCCCUACAAGACUGGAAGCCUGGUCUCUACUAUGGAGUUGAUGAUCAGUGUCGUAUAGCUUUUGGUAGCACCGCAAGAGCAUGCUCUUUCAGCAAUCCUGACCUGCCAGUUUGUCGUGUUCUGUCCUGUCAAAUUAACCCUGAUGACGACAGCUCCUGCAAACGUCUCCUGGUGCCACUGCUGGACGGUACAGAGUGUGCACCAAAUCAGUGGUGUCUGAAGGGGCGUUGUGUGUCUCCAGAGGAGCUCAGCUCCUCUGUGGUGGUGCAUGGCUCCUGGUCGAGCUGGUCUGAGUUCUCCCCCUGUUCACGGACAUGUGGUGGGGGAGUCACUCGCCGCACACGGCAAUGCAACAACCCAAGACCUGCUUUUGGAGGGAAUGAGUGUCAGGGUCUGGAUAUUGAUGCUGAACUUUGUCACCAGCAGCCGUGUGAGCGCACCCAGCUAGAUUUCAUGGCAGAGCAGUGUUCCCAGACAGACCUCCAGCCCCUUUACCUGCUACCAAACACUGUCUCCUUCUACACGUGGAUCCCUGCUGUAGGUUUUGCACAAGGGGAUGAGCAGUGCAGAUAUAUGUGCCAGUCACAUGGAGAAAACUUCAUAGUGAGUCGUGGCUCUCAGUUUGUGGAUGGGACUCGCUGUGAGUCAGACAGUCCGCCUCCCUUUGGCUCUACAGCUGCUUGUCUAAGAGGGAAAUGCCAGCUGUUUGGCUGUGAUGGUGUGCUACACUCUGGGAAAGUGAGGGAUGUGUGUGGGGUGUGUGGUGGAGAUGGGUCGUCCUGCAGUUUGACCUCUGACUCCUACACUGGUGGUCAGGCGCGAGAGUACACCACCUUCCUCUCUCUGCCAGUGAAUGCCUCACAGGCUCAUAUUGUAAACAGGGCACCUCUCUUCACUCACAUGGGUGAGUGUCAUCACUUUACAGGAUAUUUAUGUUUCUACAAUAGGUGUCGCAAAACAGAAACUUACAAAUUGUUUUUGGCAUUUGUGUCCGCAGCUGUCAUGGUUGGGGAUCGGUACAUUGUGUCUGGAACUGGCACCAUGGCACUGAAUAUGACUCACCCCUCCCCACUGGAUGAUAACCGCCUAGAAUACCGCCUUCACCUGACCCCUGACCUUUUGCCCGCGAUGGAGGAACUGCUGCUGCCUGGCCCGCUGAAACAGGACAUAAACAUACAGGUCUAUCGCAAAUAUGGAAAAGAAUAUGGCGAGAAGACAAAUCCAAACAUUAGUUAUCACUACUAUGUACCUACCAGAAACAGUGACUUGACAGGCAUCACACCUAAAGGCAAAUGGGUCGUCUUUACAACACCCUGCUCUGUCUCCUGUGGAUUAGGUAUACAGAAGCAUGUAUACGUCUGUGCAGAUGAAGAUACCAACAGCCACCUGGAAGAACACAACUGUGAGACACCUCUGCCACCUGCACCACUCCAUACAACCUGUCAGCUUUCACCCUGCCCCCCAAGGUGGGAUACAGGGACAUUUGGGCCCUGUAGUGCCUCCUGUGGCGGAGGAGAGAGGGUGCGUCCUGUAAGAUGUGUCCAGAAACAUGGAGCUGAUGAGGUGAAUGUUCCAGAUUCUGAAUGCCCACCUGAUACAGCUCCAAACGCUGUCGAAAAAUGUAACCUGCAACACUGUCCAGCCAGAUGGCAUGUAUCGGAGCCAGGGGAAUGCUCGGCAGUGUGCGGGCCAGGCGAGGCGAAACGUGUCGUGUCAUGUGUUCGGACAGAAGCUGGUCAGGAUGUUGAGGUGGAUCAAAGCUUUUGUUCAAAGCAGAUCAAACCACCUGACUCUGUACCCUGCGUGGUAGACGUCUGUCCCAUUGGGUGGGAAUCUAAGGGAGAGGACCAGCCCGUGCUAAAGUCUGGUUUGGUGCCACGCUCUAGACAAGAUCCUGUAUACGUGUGGAGCCCUGUUAUCAGCCAGUGCUCAAAGACCUGUGGCAAUGGAACCCUGCAGGUGUGGUUUUCCUGUGUGGACCACCAGACCAGACUGGGGGUGCCAGACUUCCACUGUGAUGCUUCUACUAAACCUUCUCCUCAUUCCGAGAUCUGCAGCACAUCUCCCUGCCUUCCCAUGUGGCGCUCUAAGCAAGGAGUCUGCAGCGUAACGUGUGGAGGAGGGGUGGCCAACAGGGUGCUGUACUGUGCUCGCGAAGCAGAAGGGGAGGAGGAGGUUGUGGAGGAUUCAGAGUGCAGUGACUCUCUCAAACCCACAGCAGUGGUUUCAUGUAGCACCCACAGCUGCCCAGCAAGGUGGAAGGUGUUCAGCACGUCACCCUGCUCUGUGUCCUGUGACUUGGGUGUCACUCAGAGGAUUGUGUCUUGUGUCCAAUUUGUCCACGGCAAGGAGAGUGUGGUGCCAGAGGAAAACUGCCAUGCAGCUGUCAAACCAGCCACCACAGUGCCCUGCCUGGUGCAAGUCUGCACCUUCAGGUGGGAGGUGAAGCCAUGGAGCCAGUGUUCAGCGCCCUGUGGAUAUGGGAUCCAGUCCAGGGCUGUGUCCUGUCUGGGCCCCUCUAAGCCUGUGCCCCUCAGCCCUCUGCUUUGCAUGCACAUGCCCAAACCCAUUACCAUCCAGGGCUGCUAUGUGGACAGCUGUGGAGAUGUGGUGCCCACAUCAGAUGUGGCCUCUGACACCACCACUGCAAUGCAGACUGUCAAGACGGUUAACCUCACAGAGGGACCUCUCCUGUCUCCCACUCUCAGCCACAAAGAUACAACAUUGCACCGCAUGGGCCAUCUUCCUCCAAGUCCAACAGAGGCCGUCACCCUCCCACAGACCACCACGACAAGCACCCCAACCCCUAAAGGCGCAUGUGGACAGCUAUUCCUGGAGGAAUCAGGCACAGUGGAUUUGAAGGAUGUACCCAACCGCUGCACAGUGUCCAUAGGUCGACCCCUAGAUGAGGUCAUUCACAUCAAAGUGGAAUCCAGCUCCUUGAAUUGCAGAAAAAAGGAGUAUGUGGCAUUUUUUGACCGACUGGCAUUUGUGAGGAAGUGUGCACAGGUAGCAAGCAGCGAACUGACCACUAGGACUAAUGUCCUGCUGGUUCGUCAAAAUCUGCUCACUCCUGGGAAUGGGAUUGUGUUCACCUACAAGUCACAGAAAAACACAAAGAGGAGCCACUAUCAGGAUUGUGACAUUCAGCUGUUUUCCCCCAGCAGCGACUUUGAGAACCCAACAACGUCCAGCACUAACCACACCUGUCGAGUGCUCAUCAAUGCACCUCCCUCUGUGAAGAUCAGAAUCCAAGCACUACACAUAGGAUUAGUAUUCAACGCCACCAACUCUCAGUCGACGUACAUUAUGAUCCGGGACAUGGAUGUCUUAAAGACCAAUGUAUUUAAAGGCCAACAGCUGUUUCAGUGGCACUCCUCUGGAAAUAUGGCUGAAAUUGAAUUUCAUGGAGACUACCUGCAUUCCAAAGGAAGCUUCAGAGCUGAAUAUUCCUUUAUGAGGCUUUGAUACUAAAUAUGAACUAUCUUGAGGAGGUUUCCAUUCAUAUGUUUAAAAAUUCUUUACGUUUUUGUAACGGCCAUUAAAUUCAGUUCUGUUGAGUAGAAACACUGAUGCUUUUAAACUUGAUUUUCAUACUUCCGUGCUAAUUAUUUUGACCUGAAAUAAAUAAUAAACAAACCAAAGCACUCAAAAUCUUUAAGUCAAAUGAGAACAGUGUCAUAUUGAAGACUACACUGGGAACUGGUUAAGUAUAAACAAGGAAAGAAAAAUGUAUACUAUUACAAUUAGCAAAUUAUGUUCAUUUAAAGUUUAUAUAUAUAUAUAUAUAUAUAUAUAUAUAUAUA